GAUACGGGUCCUGUUCGUACGUGAAUGUAGUACUCUGGUUUCGCAAUGGCAACGCCUUCGACUGAAUGGUCUAAUGCUGAUGUCUUGGAGUUUAUCGAGUUAUACCAAGGAGAACCAGCGUUGUGGGACUCCACUAGUAAGUUGCACAAAAACAGAAAUGCUUUGGCGGAUGCUUGGGAACGAAUACGCGCCUCUUUUAGCUUAUCUGGCGUCACUAUUGCUGAAUUAAAAAGAAAAAAGGAGUCAUUAAUGACGACUUAUAGAUAUCAUUUAAAUAAGAAGAAGAGAUCCAUUAAAUCAGGUGCUGGGCGGAACGAAGUCUAUGAAACUAAUUGGUUCGCAUUCCAAGCUAUGGAUUGCUUUUUGGGACAAAAUUAUGAGUGCAAACCUACACAGGAUACGGAGCCUCCAGAUAUACAACCAGAGGAGUCAGCUAGUACUUCAUAUCAAGAAUCUGUGGCACAAGAAAAUACUCAAAAAAAUACUGACCCAAUCAGACCAGGGCAAUCAAUAUCACAGACGCAAAAAAGAAGGAAUACCUUUGAAAUUAAAGAAGUGAAAACCCAAAUGGAUGAAGCCUUUAAAGCAAUAACUGUCGCGUCAAAGCGUCAGCAAGAUUAUGACGACACCGAUUUUUUUUGUCAGAUGCUGGCGAAAAAAAUGAAAAAAAUGGAUGAACAGAAACGUGAUAAAUUAAUGUACGAUAUUCAUACUCUUGUUUAUAAUUCGAACUAUAACGAGUUUCAAACAUCGUCUAAUUCCACGCCUGUAUACAGUAGUUCCAGUGCUGAGUACUACGCACCCGCGCCCCCUAAUACAGUUGUAGACUAUUCAUAUAAUGACCUUCCUACAUUCACUAAACAAACGGCGGCGCCGACGUAUACUUCUCAGACCACCGCCCCAAAAAAGGAAAUUAAUAUAAUAAGUUCUCAAAUAAUAAAAAAAGCGUUUGAAAUGAGCAAUGAAACUGAUAAAAUUUAAGUUUAUGUAAAGACGAUACAAAUAUUAUAAACCGUCCAUAGUAUUAAGUGAUAUAAUAAAUAAAUAAUUAAAAAGUGAGAAACAAUACAA